AUGGCAGCUUUCUGGCCAAGGCUCCAGCAGAUGUCCUUCGGGUGGCUUUGGGGAAAACUAAGCCUCCCGGUCUUACAGCUGCCGGGUUUCAAGCUUCCCUGGGACCGGUCAGCAUCAUCGGAGAUCCGGGACGGCAAGCAAAGAGGUCCAUCUUCCUGCAGCAGCUUGGAAGGUCGUGUGGCAGCCGCUGCCCCCAAAGACCUCCUCAUCCCACAGGCAAGAGAGAACCAGCCUGGGCGAACCCCCUUUCCUCGACUCUGCAGGCUCUACUUAGCUGUGUUGCUUUGUAUUGUACUCUGUAGGCACAGGUGUGUGAGUGGGGGGAGGUGGAGAGUUCGCCGCAGUGUCCCUCCUGGAUGGGGCAGGGGCGCCCGCGGAAAGAGAGGGCAUGUCCGCAGGGGAGCUCACCCUCGCCUUGAGGGCAUGGGCAGGCUCAGGGCCAGAGCCAAGGCCUCUUGCUGCCCCUGGUGGCACAUGGCAUUCAGCGCCACAGCUCCUGGGAAGACCACGGCCCCCUCCCUGCAGGAUCUCGUCCCCUGCCAAGCCAUAGGAGAUUCCGAGCCGAGUUGGCUCCCUUGCCGGCUGCCACAAAAGAGGGCGAUGUGAAAAAUAUUCCCCAAGUGGGCCCCUUGGGGAGGGACACUGCCGGAGGGUGGCCCCCACUAGCAGCCUUCUAAUACUCGCCUUUGUAGAGAGUUUAGCAAUCAGAAUGUGUCAUUUUAAAUAAUAAAAAUGUUUCUACUUGUAAAUAAAUGUUAUUUUUCUCCCAAUAA